GCUCGGGUCCAGCCAAGGAGACUUUGAAAGUGCCCGAAUCUUCAGAAGACAACGACUCGGGGAGUGUGCACUCUGACAACUCAGUCGUCUCCAUGUUUGGGCUCCAGAGGAGAGGAGCAGACCAUGCCAUGACGUUGUACCAAGCCUGUGCCAGGAAUGAAGCCCUAGUUGUCCGUGAGAUCCUACGGAGGGGCACCACACGUCAGGAGGUGAUGGAGGUGGACAUCAAUCGCUGGAACGGCUUGAUGGUUGCUGCCUAUAAAGGCUUCCUGGAGGUUGUCUUUGCCCUACACAGCUGCCCUUAUCUGGACAUCAACCACCAGGACAAGGAGGGAAACACAGCACUCAUGAUCGCUGCUCAAGCAGGUCACGUGACCAUUCUGAACUACAUCCUGAAUUAUUACCCCGGGGCAGACAUGGAGAUCCGGGAUGCCCGCGGCUUCACGGCCCUCAUUAAGGCGGCGAUGCAGGGACGCAGCAGCUGUGUCAUCGCACUGCUCAUGGCUGGUGCAGAUCUGAAUGCGGUGGACACCACACGCCACAAGUGCGCGCGGGAGUGGGCCCAGAAGACGGGACGCUUUGAGACCCUCCAGAUGCUCCAGCGACUCCAUAUGCAGCCCCAGGCCCAGCAGUUCUGUGAGACCUAUGUGCUGGAGUGGCCAGAGCUGAAGUACCUGGUGAACAAGUCCGCAGUGGCCAGGAGCAGGGGGAAGCAGAUCUCUAGGUGCCUACAUUCCACCUUCUCCUUCCGGUUCCCCCAGGACCCCCGGGACAAUGGUGUGCUGGACCAUAUGGUGCGAAUGACCACUAGCAUCCACAGCCCAUUGGUGGUCACGGGUUGUCGCCCGCUCUGCCCCAGCAGCCCCCCAGAGUUGGGCAAGAGGCGCCUAGCCGUGUCGGAGCUAGCUCAACAGUUCUCGGUGAACAGACUGGAGGAAUGUUCUGUAAGGCACAGCACCGGCUCCAUCUCCUCAUCCCCUCCCUCUGUGACCUCCUCUGCCUGCACCUCGCUGGCCUCCUGCUGCCCCGACACACCCUGCAGGACCAGCACGUUCUCCGCGGCCUCCAGCAGGGUGCAACGCUUCAUCUCAUGGGGCUCCGGCACCCACAACAGUGUCUUCCCGGCUGGCUGCAUCCCCCAAAUCAAGGUGAUCAGAGCAGGAGAGGCCACGCCCAGGAAGGAGAAGAUGAGGAGGAAGACCAGGGGCUACCUAGAGCCACCCAAGUGGAAGUACAGGGAGAUAAAGGAGGACAAACAGAAGGUGAAGGAAAACCAAGAAAUGGAGAAAAGAGAAAAACAGUCAUCUGACAGAGUGAACGUCAAGAAGACAAAGUAAGACCAAACAAGUCUGAUGCCAGCCGUCAAUAUACAUGGGGGUCCCCGGCUUCUUUCACUCACAGUAUCCUUCAUCAAAACAAUGAAAUGGAUCCUUUAGAGCGCCUGUAUGCUUGUGGUCUGGGGUCAAGCUGGGGCU